CUGGCAACGCCAAGUACGUUCGUCACUGACACAUUCCAAAAAAGAACUCUGAGCGGUUUUGACGUGUAUAAAAUUUUCUACAGUUUUUUGGGGUUUCAUUUACUUUCUUGAAAUAUAUAAAAUGACCAACUUCAGUGAAGACCAAUUGGCUGAAUUCCAAGAGGCCUUCAACCUCUUCGACAAUCGCGGUGAUGGUAAAAUCCAACUGAGUCAAGUGGGCGAGUGUUUGCGUGCACUCGGUCAGAAUCCCACUGAAUCGGAUGUAAAGAAAUGCACUCACCAAUUGAAGCCUGACGAACGGAUUAGCUUCGAAGUUUUCUUACCUAUCUAUCAGGCGAUUUCCAAGGCGCGUUCUGGCGAUACUGCCGAUGAUUUCAUUGAAGGUUUGCGCCACUUCGACAAAGAUGCCAGCGGUUUCAUUUCAUCAGCUGAAUUGAGACAUCUACUAACUACGCUGGGUGAGAAGUUAACCGAUGAAGAGGUCGAACAGCUAAUGACCAAUCAAGAGGACACACAAGGCAAUGUGAAUUAUGAAGAAUUUGUGCGUAUGGUAAUGAAUGGUUAGAUGGAAAUAAUGUUUAUACGUUUAGCAGUGGCCUGCAUUUAAAUAAAUAAUAAAGAAAAUUAAAAAACGUUUAUAAUUCCCUUAACAUGCCUACCUGUAUCAAUAUUAAUGAACACAAUGAAAAUAGUAAUUAACAAAAAAAUUUAAAAAUAAUAAAUAAUUAUAUAAGUAUAUUAAACAAAAAGUAUUCCAAGCGCAUGUGCAGCAAAUGUUUGUCGCCAAUUCGAGAAUUUAUAUAUUGAACUAAAGUAUAUACUUACUUUUAUUGUUAUUGAAGCACAUUGCAGCUGUUUGUAUGUAGCAUAUGUAUUUAUGUGUAAGCUGCAUGUGGCAGUGCAACUUUGCAUAUCCUCUAAAAUAGAAAAAAGUUAAUAAUGCAUGUAAGCUUUUUAAGGCAUAUUACUUACGUUCGUACAUAUGUAUGUAAAUCAAAUAAUGAUUAAAUGUUUUUUGUA